GAGUGAUGCGGUUGGAGAAAGUCUUCUCUUGUCGAUGGUAGUUAUCAGCCGUUGGCGGGGUCUAUUUGGAUAACCUGAGCUCCUCCUUGGUGUGCUGUAGUUGAUUUUGUUUCCGCUGGCUUUAGCUUGCUCCUGCUUGAGGUUAAGGUAGGUUGUGGUUUGAAAGGUGCGAUGCAGAGGUUUGUGCAGAGGUGGUCGUCUUGAGUACACCGUUUCUAUCUCCAAAGCUUCAUCUUCGAGGGUCUUCCUGUGGCAUGGCGGUCCCGCCGACCCAAGUCGGGGGAGAGAACCCGGCGUUUUGUUCUUCACGCGGCGGUUCGUCGGAGUGACCACUGGGUAAAGCCUCAGAAAGGAAACAAUUUGAAAAGAUUCUCUGUUUUUGUUACAAAAGGUGUUUAAACAGGGAAAUAUCUGGCGGUUAAUAGCAAGUAACGAGUGAAGUCAACUCUCUACGGACCGGUUUCGAAAAGAGUGCCUGGGAGAGAAAUUUCUCACUCUAUCACUUUCCUUUUUUUCCUCCAACCAUGCCUAGUUAGUUGGGGUGAAUGAAGUUAGAAUUGGUUUAAUACAGGGCGUGGACGUGGAAGGGGAGGUCGUGGAAGAAGUCGAGGAGGUCGUGGUGUUGUUGGUGGAUUCAACAACAGCUCAGAUGGACCAACAAACCAGGCAGUCGCUUGAGACAUGCGAGUGAGGUUUCUGUUGCACAAACAUAAAAUGAAAAAAGCCAAGUCGUUGGAUGUUUUUUUUUUUAUCUAUCUCCUUGCUCUCUUCUCUCUAUAUGUUUGUUUAUACCAAAGUUUAGUGCUUAUCCCUUAUAAUUUAUAACCAAAAGAAAACAACACAAUUGUCACCACCCACACACAUGACAUGGCUUUUGUCCGACGAUGUAUAAGCAUUUUCCGUUUCUUUCAUGCAAAUUCAUAUAGUCAAAGCUUUUUGUUGUGUUUAUUAAAAUAACCUAACCAAACCUUAUUAAAAAAUUUAUUACAUAGUUGAUCGUAUAUGUCAAACAAACAAACAUGAAAACAAAAUUUCUAAGUUUUUAGUUUUAAUUUUCUUUGAUCUCUUCUCAAUGAAGUUUUAACACUUUAACUAGUUACUAUUAUAUUGUUUAUUAAAAACUUUCAUAUAUAUCAGCACCGUACUAGAGAUUUUUUUCCUUUUUAUUUGCAACAAAUAUUAAUAUCGUUCCAAAAGAGAGUUUACAAACAAUCGUCUCCAGGGCGGUCCUGGAGUACCAGGAGCCAUAAACAAACUAAAAGUUGGGGGCCCAUUUUUACAUUGUAAAAACAUGAAUACACGUAAAACUAAAGAUAAAUUAGAAGAUAUAUUUUUUAAGUCAAAUGUGGAUCCCAUGAUAGUUCUGAGUUUUCGUUAUUAUCUAUCCGAUAAAUCAUAAAUACUUCAAAGUUUGGUUAUAUAAAUAUUUUUUUUAAACAUUGGGGCCUUUAAAAAUGGGGGCCCUAGGCUCAGGUUUCAUUACGCUAUGUUCAAGCACGCCCCUGGCAGCCGGCAUGAAAUCACGUCGGAGAAACGUCUCUGAGGGCCAUAAUACGAUCCUUCAAUGCCAUUCACGAACAUGCACCGAAGAAUACUCAGAGACAAUCCCACAUGAUCUCAUAAUCGAGAUAGUUUCGAGAUUACCGACGAAAUCGGUGGCGAGAUGUCGUUGCGUAUCCAAGCUCUGGUCAUCCUUACUCGUCCAUCCAUAUUUCACGGAAACCUACUUGACAAGAUCAUCGGCUAGCCCCAAGAUCUUAUUCGCCUGCGUAAAAGACGGCAAGGUAUCCUUCUACACCUCACCUCAGCCUGAUGAUGACAAGGCGUCGUCUCCUAUAACAGCAGCAGCCGCCACUUAUCAUAUGAACUUCCCCUUUGAUCAUGUUAUUGAUAUAUACAGACCUAUGAGUGGUUUGGUCUGUAUCAGAGAUGGUCGGAUCUUAAAAGGUAGGAAAACUGCAGCCAUGGUGUGGGAGAUAUGCAACCCUAGCACCGGACAAUCCGUUAUUUUACCCAAAAUGAAGUCAAGGAAGAGGACUGGUGCGAAAAGCUUUUUCGGGUAUGAUCCCAUUGAAAAGCAGUUCAAAGUAUUGUCAAUGUUCACUGACAAUGACUUCUCUAGCGAGCAUCAAGUUCUAACACUAUCAACAACUGGGAAACUGUCAGUGAGAAUUGUCGAAUGUGGCAUACCCCACUGUCCUCUAUCUGAUGGUAUAUGCAUCAGUGGUGUUCUGUACUACAAAUCUUCCACCGAAAAACGGGUCCGUGGAAUAAUGUGCUUUGAUGUCAGGUCCGAGACGUUCAGAUUUGUUAAAGUCAUGGAACCUUUCAUCGGAGCAGUGCAUCCUCAAACAACUCUGGUAAACUACAAGGGUAAACUGGCUUCAGUUAUGUCGGGAUGGUCGUAUAACUUUAUUGGUGAAACAUGUACAAGUUUUGUCAUGUAUGUUGUACAAGACCUGGAAAAACAGGAAUGGUCCAAGCAUAAUUACAAAUUUGCUCCUGGGCUGAUUGAUGGAUUCUUUGCUGGAGUGACUGUUGCAGGUGAGUUAGUGUUGUCGCCAAAGUUCCCAUCAAGUCCUUUUUAUGUUUUUUACUGCAGUCUUGAGAGGAAAUCUAUAAGAAGAGUUGAGAUCCAAGGAAUGGGAGGGUUCAAACAAGUUUAUACAUUUGUAAACCAUGUGGAGGAUGUGAAACUUAUGCGAACGGUUUAGGACAAGUCUGGCUAUUCUUUAAGUUCUCAUCCUCACAAGGGUCAUAGAUGGUUUAUUUAUUUUUAUAUUUUUUUAAAUGAAUUAUUGGAUGAUUUCUAUUCUCUUGUCUAUGUGAUUAAAUUGAUCUGUUCUAGAUAACACAUAUAUUCUCAUGUUCAUAUAUUCUUCUUCUCUUUUCUAUGGUACUAUAGCCACUAUUAUAGAAAGGUCCAGACCACCCAACCUAACUUGACUGCAAAUGCCACGGACACGAUUUAUAUAUAUAUAGUAAAUAGACUGUUGAAAGAUCAGAGCGUAGAAAGUGUUUUGUUUUCGAUAGUACUAAACAUACCGGUUCAGAACUCCAACCAAACCAAAGCAGCUUUAACCAGUUUAACGUAAACCCAUCAAGAGACUUGUAAACAAUAUAGCAGUAUACGUACGUGCCAAAGAAGAUAGAAGUGGAGAAAGCAAUACUGCGAACAAGCAUAUCAUAGAA